UCGCUCUUGCCUGAGGGGGGCGGGAGGUCUCGGGGACUGCCCCAGCCACUGCCCGCUCUGCCUCGGCCGCCGCCGCCGCCGCCGCUGGGGGUGUGUGUCCUGCCCGGGGGUGGCGCGGGACAUGGCGAGCUCGGCUAAUACAAACCCCGUGCCUAAACUGUAUAGGUCUGUGAUUGAAGAUGUAAUUAAUGAUGUCCGAGAAGUCUUUCUGAAUGAUAGUGUUGAUGAGCAAGUCCUUGUGGAACUAAAAACACUGUGGGAAAACAAACUGCUGCAGUCCAAGGCUGUAGAUGGAUUUCAUUCAGAGGAACAGCAGCUUUUGUUGCAAGUGCAGCAGCAGCAGCAACAGCAACAGCAGCAUUCUCAUCACCAUCACCCACAGCCACAGCCAGCAGUUCAGCAGCAGUCCCAGGCACAACAAGUCCUUAUUCCUGCAACCCAGCAAGCACCUCAACAGCAAGUUAUUGUGCCUGAUUCCAAAUUGAUACAGCACAUGAAUGCAUCAGGCAUGAGUGCUGCUGCUACUGCAGCCACCUUGGCUUUGCCUGCUGGUGUUACUCCUGUUCAGCAGAUAAUCACAAAUUCAGGCCAAAUACUACAGGUGGUUAGAACUGCCAAUGGAGCUCAAUACAUCAUUCAGCCCCAGCAGCAAGUGGUUCUACAGCAACAGGUUAUACCACAGAUGCAGCCUGGUGGAGUGCAGUCUCCUGUUAUUCAGCAAGUUUUGGCUCCCAUUCCUGGUGGAAUUUCACAGCAGACUGGAGUGAUUAUUCAGCCUCAGCAAAUCUUAUUUACAGGAAACAAAACGCAGGUCAUACCUACAACAGUGGCUGCACCAACACCCCCACAAGCACAGAUUCCUGCAACAGGUCAGCAACAACCUCAACAGCAACCGACACAGUCACAGGCACCUUUAGUGCUGCAGGUAGAUGGAGCAGGUGACACAUCAUCUGAAGAAGAUGAAGAAGAAGAAGAAGAUUAUGAUGAUGAUGAUGAAGAAUACAAAGAAAAAGAUGGAGGUGAAGAUGGCCAAGUUGAAGAGGAGCCUCUCAAUAGUGAAGAUGAUGUGAGUGAUGAAGAAGGGCAGGAACUAUUUGACACAGAGAAUGUUGUUGUAUGCCAGUAUGACAAGAUUCAUAGAAGUAAGAACAAAUGGAAGUUUCACCUCAAAGAUGGAAUCAUGAAUCUUAAUGGAAGAGAUUAUGUAUUUUCCAAAGCCAUUGGAGAUGCAGAAUGGUAAACUUUCUUACACAAAACAAAAACUCAAAGUGAAAGCACGAAAAGUUGAGACUCGGACAUACACUUCAACAGAAAUAUGUAUCUGGACACCAGAAAGAAAUAGUAGAACUGAGACUACUACCCUAGAACAAAAGAAAAGCAUGAUGAUGUUGACACUACUUCAAAUGGGAAAGCUGAGGCAUUGGUGCAGCUAGCUAUGCCCAGAAGCUGGUUUUGUAUUAAUACCUUAAUUAACCACUUCUACCUAUAGAUAAAGGUAACUAGCAUGUAAUGCUUAAUCCCCCCUUCCACUGAUUUGGAGGAACUCUUCUUUUUGGUAACAGUACUAUGGAAAAAGCUUAGUGUGUCUUUGUGUAUAAUUUGUGCUGCACCAUUCCCUUUGGGAGUGGGGUUGGUAAGAAUCUUGCUUAAACUGUGUGCAAGUUUCUAACCAAUUGGUAAGGACUGAAGCAUUGAGUUCUAAUUACCUUGUAUGAGUAAACUAUUUUUAAAUCUCUUGUGCUGGGUCAUGCAUAAUUUUAUCUACAGUUUUGGGCCUUUUAUAUGAAUUUUGAUCCUGGUACCAAAAGAUCUCAUUUGUAUUUCAAAUGUAUUAAGUCUAAAUCUUCCUUUUAAAAGGAUGUAGUACUUUAAAGGGGCCUACAGAUGGAAGCUGUGUGAUGUCUCAGUCUCCCUGUUCUCUUUGAAAAGGUCCUUAAAGGAGGAUUGAACAAAGUUAGUAGUCUGUUUGUGUGCUGAAUUGCUAGUCAGAAAUCAGUCUUUUAAAAAUUCCACUGGUUAACUUAAUGUAUAUUUCUAUUGCCAAGUAAAUGUGCACUGCUGGUGAUGAGAUCAGAGGUUAUCGGUGACUAUGCAUUUUGGUCUACUGCAUGGAAAGAGCUUCCAGUUUUCUUUUCAGUGAUUGAGAAAAAGAAUUGACUAUAUUGAACAAAAUCACACUUGCUCUAAGAAUUCAAAAAGUAAUAAUUUCAAUAGCAAGUAGUUGCUGUUGAAGAAAUUUUUCUCUGUAGCAACAGUUUUUGAAAAUCAGGCAUUCAGGAAUGCAGUUGAGGAAGGGGGAGGGCUGAAAUGUAGCCAUAUUAAGGAAGAUGGUUUAUAAUUACAGGAUAUGCAUUCAUGCCAGCCAACCAGCUGAAAGCAGUGCAAGCCAGGAAAGUGUGAGUUCACAAAUGGGGACUGAUGGCAGCAGUUAACUGUUUGCCCCAUUUCUAAUACUUCUAUUCUUGUGGAAAAUAAAACUUCUGGAGUAUUUUUAUUAAACAAAAUUGCAAGUGCAUUUAAUCAGCAACUAAGUACUAAUUCAUUUCUUCCCUUCCCAAACCAUGUUGUUUGUAUUUUAAUUCAAAUGCAUCAGUUUCUGCUUGCAGUAAAUCUUUAGAACCUUGCAGUGAGCAGUUAGGUUAUGCUACUCCCAACUUGUUGCUAAAGCCAGCCAAAUUUGUUGAUUUUGUUGUUUAGUGACAUUUGUAAAACAUCUGAAUUUUUGUACUACAUAAACAUAGUUAGGCAUUUCACUUUCUGUUCAUCUUCAUUGUUUUCUGAUCCUGCAAACUUGUGUGGGUGCAGUUUUGGCUCUGGACUUGAAAAUGUGCGUAAGUAGAUAAAUUCUCUGGGUAAAAUCCAAAUUCUACUUAAGAUAGAACAGACCCACUGAAAUGGAUUGUUCUAAGUAAGAUGUAUGUUGGAUUUUCCUAAUGUAGAAAAGUUUUAAAGAAACACACCACUACUUUACAUGCCAUGUUUGUGACUACAUUGAGAUCAACUGUCAUUUUCCCUUGCAUUCUUCUGUAUCUCGUGGCCUGUUCACAGUAUAUCCUGGCCUUCUAGCUUGAUUUAGUACAGACUUAAAACAGAAAUACCACACUGUGAAACCCAACCAGGCUACAGUUUUUUAAUCAUCAUGCACACUGAAUAGCUGCUUGUCUGUAGCCUUUUUACUUUAGAGGAUACCACAGCUUUAAAAGUGACUUAUAGAUAGGUCUAUAUGGAAGCAAAUUAAUUUUAGAUAUGCUUUGGUUGAUGAGGGUAUUAACAAAAGGACCUGUGAAGUUCUUCUGAAAGCCAGUCACAUACCAAACUUGUGCUCUUACUUGCUUCAAGUGUUCCUUUUUUAAAUCAAAAAGCAUGUUUUUAAUUUCAUUUUAUUGUAGCAGCUUGCUGUAAGAAUAGUUUGCUUACACUUAUUAUUGUACUUGAAUUUUAAUCAUGGUUUUAACUGUAAUUGAACAAACCAUUUUGUUAGGUUUGCAUUGAAAUUAUCAUUCCUUUUGUGGGAGGGCUAGAGAUUCCCAUGGUUAGUCCUUAAACUUUACAUAGAGUUGAUUUUUUCUUUUCCUUUGGUGUAGACUUGGAAUUUUCAUUUAAAUAGUUCAGUAUCUACUUUUGAAGCAAUUAACGGUUUGCAAGAAGGGCUUAUGUUUAGAUUUGCACAGAUAACAGGAGCACCUUUUAACUUUAAUAUGAGAAAAUGCAGAAAGCAACUAAAUACUGAUCAGGCUAAGGAGAGAUUUUCAGAGUAACUACACAAAAGUCAGAGUCUUGUGCCUUUGCAAUCUUCAGAUAUUCCUGCUUUGUGUUAAUAAUGAUAUCUAGGACCAUUGGAUUUACUUGGCAGAUUUUCUACAGAGCUUUCAUUUGUGACUUAACAUCAUACUGGCUUUCUAGAACGUGCAAUCAUUUGAAACAUCUACAUUAAAUGUUGAGGUUUUAGAUACUGUCACAAAGAACUUUAUAUUGGACUAUUUAAAUUUUAUGUGUAAGGUGUUCCCCACCACCACCACCCUGCUCUGUGUCUAGCAGCAAUCCAAGUUUCCAUCUCCCUUGUUUUUUCUCAUCAGACAUCUCUCUGGAAGUUGAUCAUGAUUUCAUGAAAACAGAUAUUGUGCUUGCUGUAUUCUCAAGGGGAUAAAACUUGUGAUUGAAGCACAGUUGCUAGAAAUAGCAAAGAACAUGUAGCAAUUGAUAUAACCAGACUUGCAGAAAUGCCAUUUUUAAAAUAGUAUUAGUACCACUGGGUUUUUCAUUUCUGGUUUAUUUACAUCAAACAGCAAUAAUAUCCCCAUCAAAUUACUUCUUUGUAAAACUGUAGUUCCAGUGCAGGAGAAAAAAAAUAGCCAUUUCAUAUGAACAAAAUAGAAUUUCUGCUUGAAAAAGUUAUCUUGGUCUUGAUGUUUGCAGAAAUCAGCAAAUAAGAUAGCAGUUUAUUUCAGUACAGCAGACUUUUCUGUUCUGCCUUAAAUGUGGUUUAAAGUUGAAAGGAGAAGAGAUUUUACUUCAGAGUUAAAAUGUUAAAAUCUCUUGGGUGUUUAUCUUACCACAUUUUUGAAUGGGUCAGGCAUAUUGAGAAAUCAAGCAUUUUGCUUCUCUAUGACAAGACUUGUUUACUAUGAUCACAUUGUGAAUUAGAGCAAAGGAUAAUUUUUUUGAGUAGAAUAAUAAUUGCAGGCUAUCCACAUAUGGGAACAUCGCACAUUCAUUUGCUCCUGUGUGCCUAGGGUACCAAAACAAUUUAGGGGAGUGGAAAAUAUCCUUAGUUGCUGUUCUGAGCUACUAUUGUCAACUGCUGUUGUACAUAUACUGUUAUGUGUAAGGGGGUAAAUAUAUUUAUUAUGUUUGUAAAAUUCAGUCUGUACAAUUGAAGAUCAAGGAUGCUCUUCCUGGAAUGUACAGGAUGUGUUUCAAAGGCCAUGCUUGGAAUACAAUUAGAAAACUUAGUAUUUUGAUGUACUAAGACCUAUUUUAAGUUUAAUAUUUUGCCUUUGCAAAAAAAUUAAAGAUGUUAUUUAAAAUAAGCUUGCCAUUUUUAUUUACUAUUUUGUGUAUUAAAAUAUCCUUAUGUGCAA